AUGUCUUCGCCCGACUACGCACACCCCCCUCAUCAGGCUGAAGACCCCGACUUCUCCGACUCCGAUGACGACUUAGACCUCGAGGAGCUUGAUCCCAGCACCGCCCCGUCACAAAACCCUCGAGUCUCCCGAGACUAUACAGGUCGCUCACGGAACUAUGGGCCAGGUAUCGCUCUCCGAAAUUUACGCGUUGGUGUGGGAAACCGGUGGAAACGAAAUGCCUCCGGCCGUACAGACCGAGAAGAUGACACGGAUGCCUUGCUGCAAGACCAGGGUGAGGAUGGUCUGCGGCGGUCACAAACCAGUUCACAUAACUUGACGGAUGAUAAUGCGCCACUUCUUGACCGUCGCGGUUCGAUCCGCUUAUUCAACGACGACGAACCACCCAAGAAGGGUGGCCGGUUCCGCUUACCCAGUCUUCAAGGUCCCAGCUUUCUCCAGGGCGCCGCCAGUCGACUACGCAAAACCGCCGAUGACCCCUCGAAUCAGCCUCCCCGAGAGGUGCUUGUCGGGCAAUACCAAACUACCAAAUAUCCAGCCAAUGUGGUCUCGAACGCGAAAUACACACCCUGGAGUUUCCUACCUCGCACGCUGUACAACGAGUUUUCUUUCUUCUUUAACAUAUAUUUCCUUCUUGUCGCCCUCUCACAAAUUAUUCCGAUUCUUCGGAUUGGAUACAUGUCUUCAUACAUUGCGCCCUUGGCUUUCGUUGUUUCCAUCUCCUUGGGCAAAGAGGCCCUGGACGACAUUGCUCGCCGGAGACGAGAUGCGGAAGCCAACGCCGAAGAAUUUACCGUGAUGUCUCUUGAGAGAUCAAACGUGAUGGAGAUGACCAAAAAGUCCCGAGAUUUGAAAGUCGGAGAUGUUCUCAAGGUUCGGAAGAACCAGCGUUUACCUGCCGAUGUGGUGAUACUCAAGAGUGUUUCCAAUGAUUCCGGCUCAAGCCGACAGAAUUCCUUUGAAGAGGAGACUUCUGCGGAAGUGACCGAUCUCCUUGAGCCAGGACAGGGCUCGUCGGGGCCUGCAGCGGAAGCCGCAUCUAGUCCCGACUCGGCGAUUGCUGCAGAUACUUCAUCUGCCAGUGAUACCUUCAUUCGGACGGAUCAGCUGGAUGGCGAAACAGACUGGAAACUCCGUCUCCCUUCUGCAUUAUCCCAAGCGCUUCCCUUUGGCGAUUUCGCCAGGCUUAAGGUCACUGCAAGCCCUCCAAACAAGAGAGUAAAUGAGUUUAUGGGCACCAUCGAGCUGGGCCCUCCAACUGGCUUCUACGAUACCCAUGUUGAUAAGUCUGUUCCGCAGUCACGCAAUGUCGCGCCUCAAGGAGAUGAGAGCGAAACUAACUCGGCGCCACUAACCAUUGACAACACCGCAUGGGCCAAUACCGUUCUUGCCUCCAAUACCGUCACAUAUGCCGCUAUCAUCUAUACUGGCUCGCAGACACGUGCCGCUCUUUCGACGUCUCCUUCUCGAUCUAAAGUGGGCUUGCUGGAAUAUGAAAUCAACAAUCUCACUAAAAUAUUGUGCAUUGUGACACUAGCCUUGUCAAUUGUGCUUGUGGCUUUGGAAGGGUUUGAGCCAACGAACGAUAAGAAGUGGUACGUCGCGAUUAUGAUCUACCUCAUUCUAUUCUCCACGAUCAUUCCGAUGAGUCUUCGAGUCAACCUCGACAUGGCCAAGUCUGUUUAUGGCCGUUUUAUUCAACGAGACAAGGACAUCCCAGGCACUGUGGUCCGGACAAGCACUAUCCCGGAAGAUCUGGGAAGAAUUGAAUAUCUUCUUUCCGAUAAAACCGGGACUUUGACUCAGAAUGAGAUGGAAUUGAAGAAGAUCCACGUUGGCACAGUCUCAUAUGCCAACGAAGCAAUGGAUGAGGUCGCAUCAUUCAUUCGUCAAGGUUUUGCUGGCAAUUUCUUGACGACUCCAUCGACUGUAUUUGGAACCCAGGCAGGCCAGGGCACAGCCCCACGCACCAGGAGAGAAAUUGGCUCUCGUGUCCGCGACAUCAUUCUGGCUCUCGGGCUUUGCCACAAUGUUACGCCAACUACAGAGCAAGAGGACGGUCGGAAAAUCACUGCCUACCAAGCAUCGUCUCCAGAUGAGAUUGCCAUCGUCCGAUACACGGAAGAAGUUGGAUUGAAGCUGUCGUAUCGCGAUCGCCAAAACGUUGUGCUCGAAUCCACCGACUCCAAACAGGUUGUUGUUCGCGUGCGCAUUCUCGACAUCUUCCCAUUUACCUCCGACAGCAAGCGAAUGGGCAUUAUUGUCCAGUUCCAGCAGGACGACAAUGCUCUUGAAACCGGAAACAAGGCUGAGCCUGAGAUCUGGUUCUAUCAAAAGGGUGCAGACACCGUCAUGUCAUCGAUAGUGGCGGCAAAUGAUUGGCUCGACGAGGAGACUGCAAACAUGGCACGCGAGGGUCUGCGAACUCUGGUGGUUGGUCGCAAGCGACUUUCUCUGUCUCAAUACCAGGAAUUUUCCUCCAGGUUUAAGCAGGCCUCUAUGUCAUUCCAGGGACGAGACAUCGACAUGGCCAAGGUAGUGAGCGAAUAUCUUGAGCGGGAUCUGGAACUCCUCGGAGUGACGGGUGUCGAGGAUCGUUUGCAACGGGAUGUCAAGUCGUCUCUGGAGCUGAUGCGCAAUGCAGGCAUCAAAAUUUGGAUGUUGACCGGUGACAAGGUAGAGACAGCACGAUGUGUUGCCAUUUCUGCCAAGCUGGUUGCCCGAGGGCAGUACAUCCACACCGUUCAGAAAUGUAAAGACAAACAGACUGCCCAGGAAACUUUGGACUUCUUGCGCAACAAGACAGACUGUUGCCUGCUGAUCGAUGGCGAAUCAUUGAACUUGAUGCUUGGCCAUUUCCGGUCUGCCUUCAUCUCCGUUGCUGUGCUUCUCCCGGCUGUCAUUGCGUGUCGAUGCUCCCCAACCCAGAAGGCGGAAAUUGCCGACUUGAUUCGUCAGCAUACGAAAAAGCGCGUCUGCUGCAUUGGCGACGGUGGCAACGACGUGUCUAUGAUUCAAGCCGCCGAUGUCGGCAUUGGCAUUGUGGGCAAAGAAGGCAAGCAAGCCUCCCUGGCAGCAGACUUCAGUAUCACCCAGUUCCACCAUCUCACCAAGCUCCUGGUCUGGCACGGCCGCAACUCGUACAAGCGGUCUGCCAAACUGGCACAAUUCAUCAUGCAUCGAGGUCUGAUCAUCAGUGUGUGUCAGACUAUGUACAGCAUUGCCGGCCACUUCGACCCUAAAGGCCUUUUUAUCAACUGGCUCAUGAUCGGAUAUGCCACCGUCUACACCAAUGCACCUGUCUUCUCCCUCGUCUUCGACCGAGACGUGGAUGAGCGCCUUGCCAAUUUGUACCCGGAGUUGUACAAGGAACUCAAGACAGGAAAGAGUCUGAGUUACCGUUCAUUCUUCACUUGGGUGCUCAUCUCGAUCUAUCAAGGAGCCGUCAUCCAAGGUCUGUCACAAAUUCUACUGAACACCAUCACUGGUCCCCGUCUGAUCAGCGUGUCCUUCACUGCCCUCGUUUUGAACGAACUGGGAAUGGUUGCAAUCGCAAUCACCACUUGGCAUCCAGUGAUGAUCUUCUGUCUCAUCGGCACUCUCCUCCUGUAUGCUAGCAGUGUCCCCUUCCUCGGCGACUACUUUAACCUCCGCUAUGUCAUUACCCUCGACUGGCUCUGGCGUGUCGCUGCCGUGCUGGUCGUUUCUCUGGUCCCUGUCUGGGCUGGUAAACUGAUCAAGCAGUCGUGGAGUCCUCCGAGCUACCGCAAGGUGCGCGGUUGA